AUGAUCUUCUAGAAGUUACUGACCAUUGAAGAUGUGAGCAUAAAAUUCACCCCAGAGGAAUGGGCCCUACUGGACACACCUCAGAGAGAGCUGUACAGAACUGUGAUGGUGGAAAACAUUAAUCAUCUCCUAUCCCUUGGAUACCAGCUCUGCGAAUCAGAUCUAAAUUUUCUUUCAGUGGACAAAGAAAUGCUGUGGAUGGUGGAAGGAAGAGUUAUUCCUCAACUUCAGAGUCCAGAAAGAAAGGGUGCUCAAAAAAUACUAGAAAGGAUAAGGACUCAGCUCAUUGGAAGAAAUGACACACCCACCAUCAAGGUAAUGGAAUGGAAAAAUAUUCGGGAAAAUACCUGUGAAAAUCAUCUGUGUUGCAAAACCUACAACAAUGAAUCCCUGCAUAGAAGAAACAAAAUAACUGAAUCUGGAAUACAUUCAAACAAAUGUCAUCAAGGUGGUAAAAGCUUUCCAAGUUAUGCUGAGCUUAGAAGUCACACCAAAACUAACAUAGUAGAGAAGCCAUAUGAAGGUUGCAUGUGCAGAAAAACUUUCAGUCCAACUUCUAAGUUUAAUCAGCAGGAGAGAAAACAGACACAUGAGAAACAGUAUGAAU